AAAAAUUCAAAUCAAAUCAAAAAUUGUUUUUGAGCCGUAAGUAUCGUUUCAUGCGUGCCUCGUGGUAGCAUGAGAAGAACUCUCACUCGCUACUCUCAGCAUCUCUCUCAGAGCAAUUUCCUCAUACAUGGCCACCUCGCUCCACCUUCUCCUCCAACGCUCUUCUCCCUCUCUGCCUCAGACGCAGCAAGCCCACGCCGGCCUCCUCAAGUGCGGCCUCGUCCCCGUCGACGCCCACCCCACUACCAAGCUCCUUACCCUCUACGCUCGUCACCUCCGCUUUGACGAUGCGGCUCUCCUCUUCCGCUCAGUCCCUCGCCCCGACCCCUUCUCCUUCUCCGUUCUCAUCUCCGCCCUCGUCCGAUCUCGCCACUUUUCGCUAGCCCUCUCUCUCCUUCCCUCCAUGCUCUCCCUUCGCCUCGCUCCCGACCCGUUCGUCAUCCCCGCCGCUCUCAAGGCCUGCGCCGCUCUCCCCUCCAUCGCCCUCGGUCGGCAGCUCCAUUCCCUGUCCCUUGUGGCUGGCAUCUCAGGGGACCCCUUCGUCGCCUCCGCUCUCGUCCAUAUGUACCUCAAAUGUGGAGCGAUGGCCGACGCGCACGUAGUGUUCGACCGAAUGGCGGAAAAGAGCAUCGUGACCUGGAGCGCUAUGAUAGCUGGCUACGCGACUUACGGACACGUAGACGAGGCUUUGCGGAUGCUCGAACGCAUGCGAAGUUCCGGCACAGAGCCAAAUCCGAUCACCUGGAAUGGGAUGAUCGUGGGUUUCAACCGUAGUGGGCGUCCUUAUGACACUGUGCUGCUGAUGCGGAGAAUGCACUCCGAGGGCUUUGAAAUGGAUGCGGUCGGCAUCUCGAGCACGCUUUCGGCGGUCGGUGACAUGGAGGAUGUUGUGAUCGGAAGUCAGAUUCAUGGGUAUGUCACCAAGACAGGACUGGGAGCCGAUAGUUCCGUCGUCAGUGCUCUAGUCGAUAUGCACGGAAAAAGUGGUCGCCCGGAGGAGAUGGUCCGAGUGUUUGAUGAGGCGGGCCAAAGAGAUGUCGGCUCUUGCAAUGCUCUCGUUGCUGGACUUUCGAGGAACGGCCGUGUUGAUGACGCUCUAAAGGCAUUUAGCAAUUUCGAAGCACAAGGGGUGGAGCUAAAUGUUGUGUCUUGGACCUCGAUCGUGGCUUGUUGCUCGCAGAACGGGAAGGACAUGGAAGCAUUGGAGUUCUUCAGGGAGAUGCAGAUUGUUGGGGUGGAGCCGAAUGCGGUGACGAUCCCGUGUCUGUUGCCGGCUUGUGCAAACAUCGCAGCCUUGAUGCACGGGAAAUCGGCCCACAGCUUUGCUCUUCGAAAGGGCAUUCUCGCGGAUGUGUUCGUGGGCAGCGCGCUGGCGGAUAUGUAUGCAAAGUGCGGUAGGAUCAGGGAUGCUCGAGUCGUCUUUGAUGCAAUGCCAUCACGGAACGUGGCCUCUUGGAAUGCAAUGAUCGGAGGGUACGCAAUGCACGGAAAGGCGAAGGAUGCAAUUGAGUUGUUCCUUUUGAUGAAGAGAAGCAGGCGAAAGCCCGACCAUAUAACCUUCACCUGUGUGCUCUCUGCUUGUGGUCAAGCUGGGCUAACAGAAGCGGGAGAGCGCUACUUCGGUGAGAUGCAGGAAGAGCACGGGAUCACUGCCAGAAUGGAGCAUUAUGCCUGCAUGGUUAGCCUCCUCGGUCGUGCGGGAAGGCUAGACGAGGCGUAUGGUCUGAUAAGAAAGAUGCAACUUGAGCCAGAUGGCUGUGUGUGGGGAGCCUUGCUCAGUUCUUGCAGGAUUCACAACAAUGUCGAGCUGGCAGAGAUUGCAGCAGAGAAGCUAUUCCAGUUGGAGCCUGGAAAUGCCGGGAGUUACGUGUUGCUCUCAAACAUCUAUGCUGCCAAAGGGAUGUUGGAGGGGGUGGACAGGAUGAGGGAUGUCAUGAAGAACAUGGGUGUGAGGAAAGACCCAGGAUGUAGCUGGAUCGAGAUCAAGAACAAGGUGCACAUGUUGUUGGCUGGGGACAAAUCACAUCCCCAGAUGAGCCAGAUUGCCGAGAGGUUGGAGAAGCUUAGUGUAGAGAUGAAGAGAUUGGGGUACCUCCCGAGCACCGACUUCGUGUUGCAGGAUGUGGAGGAGCAAGACAAAGAGCAGAUCCUGUGCGGGCACAGCGAGAAGUUAGCGGUAGCAUUGGGACUCAUUAGCACCCCGACAGGGACUACGCUUCGGGUGAUCAAGAAUCUUCGAAUAUGUGGAGACUGUCAUGCUGCUAUAAAAUUUAUAUCAAGCUUCGAGGGCAGGGAGAUACUCGUAAGAGAUACAAACCGGUUUCAUCACUUCAAGGAUGGAAGCUGUUCUUGCGGUGAUUACUGGUGAGCAUUCCUUGUGAAUGUUGACUGUCAAUUCAUGAACACUCGAAUCCAUUGGUUUCCAGAAUUCAUGAAGGGUUGGUGGAUCAAGAAUACAUCCAAGGAUCAAGAUCAGAUUUCAUGGAAUCUACCAACUUUAGCAGUUGACUUGAGACUUGUUGGCAGUGAUUGGAGACAGGUAAAAAGGAGCUAGAAAUAAGUAGGAAUUGGUUCGAAUUGGUUGGUCAGAACUUCCACAAGAUUUGCAAGUCUGAUGGAUGAUAGAAAGCUGCUGGCAUAGAUAACUUGAUGAUAUCUUCAUCUGGGUCCUAUGUUUGAGAAGAUAGACCAAUGCAACUCAUUAAGUUUGACA